GAGAGAAAUCCUGAGCCAGAUGAAUGCCACUGAAGCUUAUUAAUUAUUGAUCAGAUUUUUAUAUUGAAUUUUAAAAGUCAGUGUGAAUUAUUUUGACCCUGUUAACUUUAUGGUUUUAUUAUUAUUAUUAGUUCAUAUUAUUCCAACAAAUCUUUUAUGUGCCUUCAUUCUGGUAUGUAAUAGCUAAUUUGUAUAAAAUUUUUUGCUUAAUUUCCUUAAAUAAAUCAGAUUAUGGCAAAAUGAUAAAUAAAAUGGGCUGCAAAUAACAUUUCAUGUUGACUUCAAAAGAUACAUUGCAAGUUUUACAGUUUUGUGGAUUUUUUUUCAUCGUCUGGACAAUAAAACGGGUGAAAAAAACAAAGAUUGAAGAAUGUAAUAACCUAACAACUACACACCAUCACAAUAAAACAUGCAGAACACCAGAAACUGUAUAGCUAUCACCUAUCGACCACUAACAGCACCUUUGCAUCCUGGUGGUGACUUUUACAACAAGAAUCACCGCUGAAAUUUUCCUCAAGAAAUGCACUAAUAUAGUUCCUUUUGUUUAUUUUUUGCUGCCUGUUUUAAAUUUCCAGAUCAACAUACUGCAAGCGAACUGCUCAGCUGUGCCGAGCGCAUCAUAUGAUUCAGUUCAGUCUAUGUUCUUUGUUCAGCCUUCAUUCAUAUAAAUGUGCACUCGGGAGGGGCCAGUUUAUCAGCAUCGAUGUUCUCUUCUGAAAAAGGCUGUGAGUCUCACCAAGACGUGUUUCAGAAGCAGGUUGCGUUCUUUCAAGGUGUUCAGAAGCGAUGCAGGCAGCUAUAGCAGCGCUGUCAGGUGAGAAUGGUUUCUCCCAUCACCUGUGCUUCAAGUGGUUUGGUCCACUAUUCAGCCAGCCUACCCUGAAUGAGUCACCCUGCUCUUCCCUGAUUGGGCAGUCGGGAUCCAUCCCGAGGGAUUGCCGUGCAGAAAGCUGCCGAGGCCUGACUUCAUUCACAGAAACGUCGUAUGCCCGUCUGCCUUUCCAUUCACAGCCAGCCUGAAUCAUUUUUGUCCAGCAUACUCUCUUCCUCUCCUCAGCAUCUCUUUUCUGCAUCUCUGUGACGAAAACAAGCGAGGGGCACUUUUAACGCUUUGUCUCAGCGGAGAAGACAAACCCUUGCUCCCUUUCUCUCUCUCUCUCUCUCUCUCUGUCUUUUCUUCUUUUUUUUCAGUUUGCAGGCAGGAAAGCAAGACUCUGGGAGGGACUGCAGUGCGUUAGCCGCAGCGGUACAGGAAGCUUGUGAAUGACUGCCGCUUCCCUGUCAUGAGCUCAUCUGGAUAUUUUACAUGAAUGGCUUAUUUUUGCUGCAUUGAUGUCGUGGGCUUCUUCCUGUCGGCAGCUUUUUAAUGGUGCAUCUGACAUCACUAUUUACGGCCGUAUCCCAUCUGAAUCCGGAUGGCGUUGUAGUGAGAUAGAAUCUCGACGUUGUGUGUUUAAAAGGGAUGUUUAAUUAUUCAACAAAGCUUCUUUUACCUUCUGAAGUGGGGGAUAUUUGAGUGCUGGCGUGGAUGGAUUUAUCCCGACGUUUUGUAGUACGUAAGGAAGAACAAAUGUGACCAACAAAGAGAUAAAGCUGUUUCGGUCUUGUGGUUUAAAUUUGAGCAUGUUUUAAACUUGCCGUUAACAAUGGCGAUGCAUAAGCGAGGUAGAACUAACCAGAUUGAUGCGGUUGCGAGCGAAAGGUGAACGCUUUCAAAUAUUUCACGUCAUUUUGAUAGAUUAUAAUUUCUCAAUCAAUGGCUGGUCAUGCAACUCACAUUUUCAUUGGAGAGCCUUGCUUCUGAAUUCAAGUAAAACUGAGAUUGCAUGUGCGGAAAAUUAGCAAUCGCAAUGCACGGCGACUCAAGUUUCUUUCUGUGGCGUAUGUGUGAUCAGACGACGCGGUAUUGCACUCUAUGCAUUGAAUUAUAUCAGUAGACUGAUUUUGAUUCUAGGUAAUUCUGACUGAGCUCAGAUUUCACUACAGUGAUCCUGUUUAUCACAUCUUUUCCGUUCUGUUUAUCCGGACCGAAUCAAAGACGCGUUUCUACGACAAGGGCGAAUUUUGAGAAUUGAUUGGUUCUACCGAGCUGUUAGUGGGAGUUUUUUUUUUUUUUAACGGAAAGUGCUCUGCAGUGUUGAGUGAGUCUUUUGUUGAGAAGGGUCUCUCUCUCUCUCUCUCUCUCCGAGUGAGUCAUGCAUGUUCAGGGAUCUGCCAGGAUGCAGGGGAAGAGAGAGACAUCUAUUUACUAGAGCUCUGUCUCUCUCUCUCUUUCCCAUCUCUGGCUCUUUUUCUCUGUAGAGGAGCGACCUCGCGCUGCUUUUCUCUCUCGUUGUCCUCUGUCUCCAUGGAUUCCGCAUUUUGUGGUUUAUUUUUGGUCCUCGAGCUGCUGCGGCCAAUGCCGCACGGCGUCGGAUUUUCCUGACGGCCGCUCGCUCUCUUUCUUUGAACCCUCGAGGAAGCUUUCUCAGCUCCAGCAUGCUAAAGAUGUGGACAGUCAGCUGGGAGUUGGAUGUGUCCGUUCGCGUGUAGGCUGGCACACCGAGGGGAAUGCUUCACCGUGCUAAAUACAACCGAUUCCGGAAUGAGUCAGUGACGUCCGUCGAUGAGCUCCUGCACGGUCUCUCCAUGAACGCCAAGGUCUCGGCCGUCCCGCCGUCGCCGCCCGUGGGCGACCCUCCGUACGCCCCACCAGCCGAGGUCUUGCCGCCCGAUCCUGCUGAAGAGUCCGGCACAUUGUGCACCCUCAUCAGCAAAGUCUCCAAUCUCAAAUUUGCCAACUCCUCCGGACUGCUAGGCAUCAAGGGCCUGCCGUCUGCCGUCAAGGACCUGGCCGUGUCCAAGCUCCAGGGAGGAGCAACAGGAGGUGUUUCCGGCAGCCCGGGCUCGUCUGCCCUCCCUGCGACCUCUGGAGCACCUCACGCCCCGCUGGAGCCCGGUUCGGCCAGCUCGGGGAAGAAAGGCAGGAUGGAAGAAUCUCAGCCUGGCGGAGAGGGCUGGGUCCUGGGAGGGACGGGUACCGCGGGCUGCGGCGGGCUGGUGAAUAAUCCUUCUCGUGGAUGGCUGCACUCCAGCGAAAAGAUUUCCGGACCUGGAGUGACGUAUGUCGUUAAGUAUUUGGGCUGCAUUGAAGUUCUCCGGUCCAUGAGAUCCCUGGACUUCACCACACGAUCACAAAUCACACGGGAGGCGAUCAGUCUGGUGUGUGAAUCUGUCCCUGGUGCCAAAGGAGCUCUGCGCAAGAGAAAGCCUCCCUCCAAACUCCUCUCCAGUAUUCUGGGCAAGAGUAACCUGCAGUUUGCUGGGAUGAGUAUCAACCUCAACAUCUCCACCAGCAGUUUGAACCUGAUGACACCCGACUCCAAACAGAUAAUCGCCAAUCAUCACAUGCAGUCCAUAUCCUUUGCCUCCGGAGGAGAUCCUGACACCACUGAUUACGUCGCUUACGUGGCAAAAGAUCCUGUUAACCGGAGAGCCUGUCAUAUUGUGGAGUGCUCUGACGGUCUGGCUCAGGAUGUGAUCAGUACGAUCGGUCAGGCGUUUGACCUGCGCUUUCAGAUCUACCUGCAGUGUCCGUCCAGCAAACCCUCGUCCAUGCACGACAGGGGUAUGAGUACUGACGAGCCCCCGUGGACGGAGGAAGGAGAGGAGUCGGCCGAUCAUCAUUACUACAACAGCAUUCCCGGAAAGAUGCCGCCACCGGGAGGAUUCAUUGACACUAGAUUGACCAAUCAGACGCAAGACGGCUGCCAGGCGGCUGGAGUCGACCAGACGUACUACCAGGGCCGACCCAUGUUCAUCCAACAAGGCUCCUGUGACAUUUACAGUCUCCCUGAGGUCAAAGGUCAAGCCCCGAAGGCAGGAGAAGUGCCCACGUAUGUGAACACGCAGCACAUUGACACGCAGGUGCUAGCUGCCCUCCAGGGGGAGUCAGAGACGCUGUCUGAUUCGGGCACGGGCGGGACAGCUAAAGACAGCCCGAGGAAGGACCUCUUUGACAUGAAGCCGUUUGAGGAUGCCAUCAUGACCCAGACUCCAGCAUCAGAGCUGCAUAAAGCGGCGUCUGUGGAUAACUCCAGUCCUCUUCUGAUGCGCGCGGCCGCUCUGAGAGCUCAGGAGGAGCUGGAGGACCAGACGUGGUACCACGGAGAGAUGAGCCGCCGGCAGGCCGAGAAACUGCUGCUCCAUGACGGAGACUUCCUGGUGCGGAAGAGCACCACAAACCCGGGCUCAUACGUCCUGACGGGGAUGCACCACGGCUUGGCCAAACACCUGCUCCUGGUCGAUCCGGAGGGAACGGUCCGGACGAAAGAUCACAUAUUCGAGAGCAUAAGCCACCUGAUUGGCCAUCACCGUGACAACAACCUGCCGAUCGUUUCGGCGGGAAGCGAACUGUGUUUGAAGCAGCCGGUGGACAGAAAACAGUGACGACAGCUGAACCUCUUUCACCAAAACAAACACCCCAUCGGAGAACAUGUGACGCUUGUCCGACUGCUUGACUGUGAUGGCGUUUGUAGACGGACGAUAUCUAGAACCGACCGUUAUUUUAUCGCGCUGGUUGAGAAUCUCUAUUUUUGAAGAAGAAGAAGAAGAAGACGACGGCGGUGGGUUUUUCGGACCGUUUGAACGACCUCGGUCUCCAAGAGGGAUGCGACGAAAACUAGAUAAAGAGUAUUUUAGAAUAAAAAAUAAAAAGUUUAGUUUUGUCUAUCAAGCACAACCGGAUUUUCAUGUUCGUUGACAAGAGAUAGAAGGAAACUAAUAUUUGAAAAAACGUAAAUUAAAAAAACUAAACGCUGUUUAUAUCGACCUAUUUUAGGAGUUGGGCCUUCACUGCAGCUAGUGUGCGAGAUCAUUUGGUAGCUUCACUGCUUUUUAGAGGGAGGAUGACGUGAAUGUGUUUACUUUAGCAGAAAUCACACGUUGACGCUGCACGCACACACACACGCACACACACACACGCACACGGCUUUAAAGUACCUUCAUUUUUCGAUGACGUUGAAACCUGUGGCACUCGCAUGACUUAAAACCUUAAUUGUACUUGUGGUCAUUGUUGGUAGCAUCCAGAGCCCCAGCAGAGGUGCUUUAGUGUGCUCUCAAUGUAAAAUAUUUAUGCUUUCCAGUAUUCCUUGAGUUUAGCUCCUUCUUUAAACGUGUCAGAGGUGUGUAGUCGCUCGGCUCGGCCCUUUACUUUAUACCUGGAUGUUUCUAUCGGUUCUGACUUUCAUGGUUUGACUGUGGGCUUCACAAACACACACACUGGUGUUAUGAUUCUUCUUCUGAUGAUUCUUUUCAAUUAAACGGUUCUAAAUGAAUAGCACAAUCAACGCUUUUCUGUGUGAGAGACGGUCACGGUCUAUUAAUGGACGAACUGGAAGAUUACUGGAUUCUUCAGCAUAUUAGCCACGAGUCACAUGCUUCUGUUGCAUUUUGUGUUUUCCUGUAAAUCCACAUUUUAGAUAAAUUAAACUUGCAUUUGAUACAAUUACUGUUUCGUAAAUAGCUCUAAGAAUUGAAUGUGUUAACUUUUCAUGCAUAAGGGUAAAUGUCAAGAAAUUGACCCCAAAAUCAAGAUUAAAUCAGACAAUGAAGCUUAAUUGCCAUUAAAAUAAUACAACAAAAUGCUUAUGUUUUAACAAACAGGUUUUAUUUUCUUA